AUGGCAAUCAGGAAAGGAGCAAAAGUUGUUAGGCAGGAAGAGAUGGCCUAUCUGUCAGACGAUUCAAGCUUUUACGGUGACGAAACUGUCCAGAAAGACAUGGAGGAGCGAGCAAGCAGUUUCAAGCCGACAGAAUGGUGGGAGCAUGCGGCUCCUUCUUUGACCAAGAUAGCUAGUACAAAUCUUGCAUCCGCGACGGUAGCUAAGGCUCCUAAGCUGUACAAUCCCUACGAAGGAAACCCCUGCGGUCGACAGCUGAACGAGAGCGUGGACGAGUUCUUACGUCGGCUUCCUCCUGCUUCAACACCAACCUCAAGCCGGGUUCCUUGGAUCUUCGUUGCGAAUCCGUAUAGGAAAGCACCGAAGCCCAAUAAUGAGGGAGAACUCGCUGAAGGGCCUCCGGAUGACGAUAGUCAGUGGGCGAAGUUCGUGGUGGAAGGCGGGAAUUUGUUGGAGGAGUUGGUGGUUCUGAAGAAUAAGAUUGAGAAGGAGAAGGCUGGUUCGACGAAGGCUACUAUUACGAAAGCCCUCAAUGUUCAGAGGAAUAUUAUUGUUGAGAAAUUGCUUGAUACUGCUGUUGAAAUGCACUGUACAUCUGGAAAGUGGAUGAUAUUUUGUCCGCCGGAAGAAGUCAAUGAUGUUUGGGCUGUUGUGGCUCGUGCUACAGUUGAUAACGAUCUGGGAAUUGCUGCUAAAGUCGCCCCUGACAAUGGCGAGGACCAACGGCCACGGCUCAUGUGCAUUUACACGAAAGAUUUUUCGGAUAGGGCCGAUGUGACGAGAGUUGUACAGAAGUUAAAGGAGCUUGGUCUUAUUGAAACUCGUGGCAGUAAAAUCUACUACAAAUGUGAUGCAUACACCUUUCUCGGUCUAGGCUCCAAGAACGAAUACCAGAUCCAAGCGUCUCUCUACAACUCUGGAGAUUUCUUAGGCUCCAAAAGACCGGCCUCGAAGGGCAAGGAAAAUGGAUACUUCUACAAGAAGAAAGAUCAUGGAGACUGGAAAUCUAUGGAGUAUGAAUGA